AAAUAGGGUAAAGGAAGGAGGCGGAAAGGAGCGAAACCGGAAAGACUAACCAACGAACGGGACACAGGCCGCCGAACAGUCUCUGCUCACUAGUAUCGAGAGUCAGAGAAACCUUAAAAAAAGCGAUGGUGAAGAAGAAGACGAAUACGAAGCAUAUUCGUCUCUGCGAAACCACUACAGUUUGGGCCACCAAGCUCCUUGAGGAGUUUCGCGCCUCCGGGAAUGAUACUUACGUCUUUGAGCAGCAUCUUACAAAUGGCGAACGUGGCAUCGUUCAUCAGAUGUGCCGACGGAUGGGUCUUCGAUCAAAAAGUCACGGGAGUGGGGAAGAAAGGCGUCUUUCUCUUUUCAAAAGUAAAGCUGGGAGUGCAGAUGAGGAAGGAGAUAGCAUUUCAAAGUCAAAGAGCAAUCAUAGGUAUGAAACCAGAUAUCAGAAAGGUAGCGCUCUAAGAAAGAAGAUGGUACCACCAGAGAAGCUCAAAUGUGUUUCAUUUCCACCUGAGGCAAAAGCUGUUCUGAACGAUUUAUUUACUCGCUAUCCACCUUGUGACGGCGAUACUACUGGGACAUCAUUGGGUAUAUAUACUGGAAACAUCCGCAGUAAUUGGAAAGAUGACUUCUUCCAGAAACCUCAACUGACAAAACACGAUAUUAAGAAUAACGUGGCAUCUCUGAGUUCUAGACUGGAAAAUGAUAAACGUUUUCGACAGAUCUUUGAAGCACGUUCAAAGCUUCCCAUCGCAUCUUUUCGCGACGCCAUUAUAUCUGCAGUUGAAUCCAAUCAGGUUGUUCUUAUUGCUGGUGAAACUGGUUGUGGGAAAACUACUCAGGUGCCUCAAUAUCUUCUAGAUCAUAUGUGGUAUAGUAAGCAAGAAGCGUGCAAAAUCAUUUGCACACAACCUCGUCGUAUCUCAGCUAUUUCAGUUUCUGAUCGAAUAUCUUGGGAAAGAGGUGAAACUAUUGGGAGAACCGUCGGCUACAAGGUUCGGCUGCAAAGUGAAGGUGGAAGAGGGUCAUCAGUUGUUUUCUGCACUAAUGGCAUUCUAUUGAGAGUGCUUAUAGGCAAAGGCGUUAACAGCUGUGUUCCUGAUAUAACUCACAUUAUUGUGGAUGAAAUCCAUGAAAGGGACUCCUACUCUGAUUUCAUGUUAAUGAUUUUAAGAGACUUACUUCCGACUAAUCCUCAUCUCCGACUGAUUCUAAUGAGUGCUACUCUUGAUGCUGAGAGGUUUUCCGAUUAUUUCGGAGGUUGCCCGGUUGUCCGAGUGCCUGGAUUCACUUAUCCAGUGAGAACCUUUUUUCUGGAAGACGCACUCUCUGUCCUGAUAUCAGACAAGAAUAAUCAUCUACUUUCUGCUGAUUCGAACAUACCAAGUGAAAAGCGUGAUUUUAAAGACGAAGAAAAAGUUGUUUUAGAUGAAGCUAUCGACUUGGCAUGGACUAAUGAUGAGUUUGAUUGUCUCUUAGAUCUAGUUUUUUCUGAAGGAAGUCCUGAGGCUUACAAUUACCAGAAUUCAAUGACCGGUUUAACACCACUUAUGGUCUUUGCUGGAAAGGGUAGGGUUAGCGAUGUCUGCAAGCUCCUUUCAUUUGGCGCUAAUUGUACACUGAAAUCCAAAGAAGGUAUAACCGCAUUAGAAUUGGCUGAAAAAGAGAAUCAAAUUGAAACUGCUCAAAUAAUCAGGGAACAUGCGGAUAACACCAAGUCCAAUUCUCAGCAAACACAAGACUUACUUGAUAAGUAUAUGGCAACAAUGAAACCAGAAGAAGUAGAUGUGGGUCUUAUAGUGAAGUUAAUGAAGAAAAUAUGCGGUGAUUCAAAAGUUGGUGCCAUUCUUGUUUUUCUACCUGGGUGGGAGGAAAUAAGAAAAACAAAAGAGAAAUUGCUUGAGAAUCCCUUUUUUGCUGAUAGUGCUAAAUUCAGCAUUUUAUGUCUUCACUCACGGGUUCCAGCAGACGAACAGAAGAAAGUUUUUGAUUGUCCCCCUCGAGGUUGUUGCAAAGUUGUGCUUGCAACAAACAUUGCUGAAUCAGCAGUUACUAUUGAUGAUGUGGUUUAUGUGAUAGAUAGCGGCCGGAUGAAGGAAAAGAGUUAUGAUCCUUAUAACGAUGUGUCAACGCUCCAAUCAUCUUGGGUAUCAAAAGCAAAUGCAAAACAGAGGGCAGGUCGAGCAGGCCGUUGCCAGCCCGGCGUUUGUUAUCAUCUAUAUUCUAAACUCCGGGAAGCGUCUUUACCCGAAUUUAGAGUUCCUGAAGUUAAGAGAAUGCCAGUGGAUGAACUCUGCUUGCAGGUUAAAAUGCUGGAUCCGAAUUGCAAUGUAAAUAAAUUCCUUCAGAAAUUGAUGGACCCGCCAGUUGCUCAAAGUAUUGCGAAUGCCUUAAUCAUCCUUAAAGAUAUUGGGGCAUUGACUCCUCAAGAAGAGCUGACAGAACUUGGACAGAAAUUUGGUCAGCUUCCAGUUCAUCCUCGGAUUAGCAAGAUGAUUUAUUUCUCCAUAUUAGUGAACUGUUUGGAUCCAGCACUUAUUCUGGCAUGUGCAGCCGACGAGAAGGAUCCAUUUAUCAUGCCCAUGUUGCCAGGUGAAAGAAAAAAAGCUGCUGCCGCAAAACAUGAACUUGCAUCGCUUUAUGGAGACCACAGUGAUCAUCUUGCGACUGUUGCGGCUUUUCAGUGCUGGAAAAAUGCAAAAGAAAGUGGUCGAGCUAAGGAGUUUUGUUCUAAGUACUUCAUCUCCCAAAUCGCCAUGAAGAGGCUGGAUGAUCUGUGUCGCAAGCUUCAGGGAGAACUUAAAAGACAUGGGGUCAUCCCUAGCAGUUCAAACUGUAGCCUGAAUGCUCAUGAUCCGGGUAUUCUCCGUGCUGUUGUAGCAGUAGGAUUGUACCCUAUGUUAGGAAGGAUGUGCCCAGUUUCCAAGAACCAGACAAGGUCUGUAGUAGAGACUAUUACUGGAGCUAAAGUUCGUGUGCCCUCGCUAGCAAACAAUGUCAACAUUUCCUCUUCCAAGUAUGACGAAGCUUUGAUUGUUUUUGAUGAGAUCACUCGAGGAGAUUGGGGUGUGCAGAUAAGAAGCUGCACUCUUCUCCCCACUGUACCUUUGUUACUGUUUUCAAGAGAGAUAGCCGUGUCUCCUACAGAGAGCUAUGAUGCUGAUAAGAGUGAUAACGAGGAAGAAAUUGUAGGAGAUGCGAUGGACAUAGAUAAAAAGGGUGGUAGGGAUGGAGAGAAAAUAAUGCUUGCUCCGGAAAAUUUAGUAAAAGUAAUAGUGGAUCGGUGGCUGCCUUUCAAGGUUACAGCUUUGGAAAUUGCUCAAAUGUACAUCUUGAGAGAGAGACUAAUGGCGUCCAUUUUGUUCAAGGUUAAUCAUCCAAAGGAAAAUUUGCCGCCUCAUCUCGGUGCUUCUAUGUACGCGAUAGCUUGUAUUCUCUCAAAUGAUAGCGUUGCCCAAUCUUUGGCUCAAAAUUUAGCUGAGCAACCUAUUGCUUCAGUGACAGAUGCAACGAGUCCCAGGGAUGACAUACUUUCCGCUCACCCCAAUGAGCUUCAGGAGCAUGACCCGCCCACUAUUCAAAUGGGGUCAAAGCUCGAAUUAACCAACAAGUUGGGUUUGGGUAAUAUGGAAGAGAGCUUGCCUUCAAAUUUCGCUGAUGGUAAUGAGCAACCCAACCCAAACACACUUUCGGAUCUUGCUAAUGAGAAUGAGCAAACAGAGCUUAAUCUACCUAUCAACUUGGAUUAUGGUAACAUGGAAGAAAGCUUGCCUAUCAUUCCUGCUAAUGGGGAUGAACAACUUGACCCGAGCACUGCUCCAAUGGAAGCUACGAUAGCGGCUAAGCAACCAAAAAAGAAGCGAUCAAGGUCCAAAAAGUGCGAAUCGGUCAACAAUCUUGAUUUGGUGAACAUGGAAGAGAACAAGCCUUCUGAUCUGGCUAAUAGGAAUGAGCAAAAAGAGCCUAAGUCAGUCAGCCUGUUGGAUCCGGGCAAGGAGAACGAGAGCAUUCCUUUGAAUCUUGUCAGUGGUAAUGAGCAAGCUGACUCAAACACUGUUCCAGCGGCUAAGAAACCAAAAAAGAAAAAGCGCAAAUUAGCUGACAGCUUUGAUUCGGGUAAGAAUAUGGAAGAGAAUAUGCCUUCUACUAGUGGGAUUGAACCUCCUGACCAAAAAAAUGUUCUGACUGAAGCUCCAUCAAUGGUUAAGCAACAAGAACAACGGAAAGCAAAAACAGAGCGAAAAUCAGGGAAGAAGUCGGGUUAGAUAGAGGUAAAAGCGAGCAUACCUUCGGAUCAUACCAAGGGAAAUGAUCACUGUGACCCAAACACUCCACGGACUGAAGCUGCACUAAAGGAGGACAAUUGUAAAGCGGAACAGAAAGUGAAACCAAGAAGGUUACUCGCAAGGACAAACAGGAAGAGAAGUAUGAUGCCCCUAUUACACUUCGGUGUUUUAACGAGCAUUUAGGUGUUUGUCAUGAAACGAAUUUUGUUCAAAUGUUACCUACCGAAUUUUGUUCAAAUGUCACCUACCAUGAUUUAUCUACAUAGGUUUGUAACAGAUUUGGAAAAUUUUAACGAUUUUGUUAGAUUAUUAUUGUUGUAGUCACGAUUUCAGUAGAUAAUUUGUAGUCGUUCUAACUUAGUGCUA